AUGCUCCCAGCAUCCCGCGCCAUGAAGCCCAAGCUCUCCCUGAGCAUCAACACCGCCGCCGCCGCCUCCUCCCCAGCAAAAGCCCGUCCCUCCCUCAGCAUCAAAGCACCCCUUCGCUCGCCCAUCUCUCCAAGCCCAAUCAGCCCAACCGCCCGCAACACCCGGUUGAACCAGAGGGGGUACUCGACUAUGCAGCAGCCAACGUACGCAUACUCGAACCAGAGUUCUGCGCGGUCGAUCUUGAAGAAGGAUCGAAGUGUUGUUAGCGCGACCAGGCGGCAAUUGUCGUUUGAUGAUAAUCCGAGGGUUCAUGCUGUGAGUCCGAUUACUGAGGAUGGGUACUAUGAGGCUUAUGGGAAGGUGAGCAGGGAGGAGAGACGGUGGCAGAGACGAUGA